CCGACUCCACCUACCAGAGAUCGAAAUAGCGCUCUGAAAAUCAGCACUAUUUCGUCCGAACACAACCAACAUAAGAACAGAUGUACUGCUCGGUUGCUCUUCACAUUGUUGGAGGAUGAGAUCGGACAGCAGCAAACACUUCCUUCGGGAUUGCGAGUAAUCCCCUCCAAACUAGGACAUCUUGUGAUAGGUAGAACAGGAGUUCUGAACGACGAAAGUCCUACCAACGCUGUCACGGUGUCCGACGAAUCCACGCUCCCACAGGUGAGCACCGCAAGGGAUAAAGAAGAAGAAUCACUUACUAUCUACGUUCUUACGGACUCUGAAAUAGCUCUCAAUUGGAUUGCAAGAGCUAACGACGAUGCGGCAGCAGGAGUUUUUGUGAACAAUCGCUCUAAAGAGAUUCACCAAAUUGUUCAACAAGUUCCAGUUCCUGUGCGAUUUGGACACGUGCCCACUUCUGUCAACCCCGCAGAUUGCGCAACUCGAGGUCUCAAUAAAGACGAAUUGAAGCAGCACUUUUGGUGGAACGGACCUGACUUCUUGAGUUUGCCACCUGACAAAUGGGAAACGGUUGUCAGAUUCUUCCCAAUGCCAGACAAAACAGAGGAGGAGUCGAAUAAUGAGAACUGCGUCGUGAACCUAUCCACCUCUGCGAUAGCUUCCGUGUCAGACUUACUGGACUGGAAGAGGCAUAGCAGUUGGCAGUCAUGUCAGACCACAAUGGCUUAUGCCCUGCGCUUCAUCAAAGCUAUAGUGUCUCGAGUUGAUGCGGAUCUUCGCUCACGUAUCGCUAAUCAUGCUCCCGAUAUAAUGAAGAUGUCAGGAGAACCU